GAUCGUACAAGACUUGCUUAGUUCCACCAUAGAACGAAGUACCGAACAAGAAAAUAAACACCGGAGUACCGCACAAGAAACCCCUCUCAAACACCUAGAAAAGAAACUACUUUACAUUUGUUAUUGCUAAAUUUAGGUCUCAUUUCAGUCCCAAAUUCAUAAAAUUAUUAGGGUUCUUGUUUAGAGUUGAAAAAUUCGAGUAUGGACGUCAUAAAAUCUCAACAGAUAUCAUCUAGGGCAAUCCAAAAAGUGGUGGUUCAUCCAUUAGUGCUUCUUAGCAUCGUCGAUCACUUCAAUCGUGUUGCGCGCGACACAAAGAAGCGUGUUGUCGGUGUUUUGCUUGGAAGUUCCGCCAAGGGUACUGUUGAUAUUACAAACAGCUAUGCCGUUCCUUUUGAGGAAGAAGACAAAGACCCAGGAAUAUGGUUUCUUGAUCACAAUUACCAUGAAUCUAUGUAUUCCAUGUACAGGAGGAUUAAUGCUAAGGAGCAUGUUGUAGGCUGGUACAGUACCGGUCCUAAGCUUCGGGAGAAUGAUUUGGAUAUUCAUAGAUUGUUUAAUGACUAUGUUCCAAAUCCUGUCUUAGUUAUAAUUGACGUUCAACCAGAAGAGCUGGGAAUACCCACAAAGGCUUACUAUGCUGUUGAAGAAGUGAAAGAGAAUGCAACACAGAAAAGCCAGAAGGUAUUUGUUCAUGUUCCAUCUGAAAUUGCUGCCCAUGAAGUGGAGGAAAUUGGAGUGGAACACUUGCUCAGAGAUGUGAAGGAUACAACUAUCAGUACUCUGGCGACUGAAGUUACCGGGAAACUUGCAGCUCUUAAGGGGUUAGAUGCUCGUCUCAAAGAGAUCCGAAGUUAUCUUGAUCUUGUAAUUGAGGGAAAGCUCCCCCUCAAUCAUGAAAUACUAUACCAUUUGCAGGAUGCGUUCAACCUUCUUCCAAAUCUUAGUGUGCCUAAUUUAGUCAAGGCUUUUGCAAUCAAAACAAAUGACAUGAUGCUGGUCAUAUAUGUGUCUUCUAUCAUCCGCAGUAUUAUUGCACUCCACAACCUGAUCAAUAACAAGAUGCUCAACAAAGAGCACGAGAAGGAAGAAGACUCGAAACCAGUAGCUGUACCUGCUGCCUCUGGAAGCUAGACUCUUGGUUGAUUGGAUGAGCUUCAGGGAGAGUACAGAUUGUGUGUUGUUUUCGUAAUAUUAUCUUUUGCGUUCAUUUCUAUAUCAGAUUUGAAACUAAUAUUUGCUUUAAAGCAUCGAUCAUUUGCCUGGCACAGUUGGGGUUUUGAAAGGCAGUUUGAUUAACCCAAUUGCAUAGGAGGAUGUAGAAAAGAUUAACCAAAUAUUCCAAGAAUGUCAUUAGUUUUCAAUUCAUUUGAUUCUAUACCACUCACCCUGAAUAUCACUACGUUUCAUCA